UGUUUCUGCCAAAGUUUGUCAGGAUGGGUCUUUUGCAAGGUGUGUUAGUGUUGGUUGUGAUUGUGGCAGUUGACAUGAAGAGUGCAUGGGGAAGUUUGAGACACAGUCAAAGUCCAAGCAGCAUGAAGCCACAGUCAGAUCCAGCUUCCGGAGGUCCUGCUCUUUCUCUUCAAGGGGUCUUGAAUCCUUUGCAGAAGGCUUCUCAGUUUCAGAGUCAGGACUCCAGAGGAUUUGUGCAAGAGCCUCUUGGUUUUCAGGAGAAGCAGCUGUUGCAGGGUCCAGUCAAGCCUUUGGACUGGAGGUUUCCCAUCGUUCCAGAGGUGCAAAGCGAGUUGGCGGUGGACUUCCAGUUGAGGCAACCCGUGACUCCCAGUAGUGUGGCUGUUCAAUGCGGUGAGAACCGGGUUCUUGUGGAGGUAAAGAAGGAUUUGUUUAGCAAUGGUCAACUGAUCCAGCCAUCUGGUUUGUCUAUGGGAGGCUGUCCUGUUGUCGGUGAGGACUCUGCCUCUAGGAUGCUCAUCUUUGAAUAUGAACUACAGGACUGCAAUAGUGUGCUGAUGAUGACUGAGGAUGAGCUUGUCUACACCUUUGCUGUUACCUACACUCCUGAGGCGUUUGCUGGCACUGUACCUACACUCCUGAGGCACUUGAUGGCACUCCGAUUACCCGUACCAAUGGUGCAGUUGUUGGUGUUCAAUGCCACUAUCAAAGAUGACUGGUCCUAUCAGAGGCCUUCAAACUUGUACUUCCUGGGUGAUGUUAUUAAUAUUGAGGCAUCUGUGAAGGUGUACAACCACGUCCCACUGCGUGUGUUUGUGGACAGCUGUGUGGCCACCCAAGUACCUGAUGUGAAUGCUCUUCCGAGAUAUUCCUUCAUUGAGAAUCAUGGGUGCCUUGUGGAUGCUACGGCUUCCAGCUCCCGCUUCAUGCCUCGAACCCAGGAAGACCAGAUCCGGUUCCAGCUGGUUCAACAUGUGGUCCUGAUGGUGGAAGUGCUGCUCCUUUUGGGGGCAUUCAGUGGGAAGGCAAGGCCUCACUCGGUCCUGUAAUGGUUCAAGAGCGACUGAAGACUUCAGCUGGUUUUCAAUAAAUGGAGAAACCUA